AUGUAGUCUAAUAGCAAUAUCCGUGUUGGUGAAAGCAAAAAGAGAAAGCUUCCUCAAUCAACUAUUAAUACCUUCUUUUCCUAAAGUUCUUAAAAAUCAUCAAAGAGACUAAAAUAGAACGAUGAUUAAUAAAAUAAAACCUAAAUGAUUGACAUUACUAAGAAUGCAGAUGAGCAGUAAAUAGUAUCUGAUCAGAAAUUGACAAAGACAUAAUAGAAAAAAGUCAUACAAGAAGAGGAAAAAAAGUAGAUUGGAGAAAUUCAUUAAGAAAAAACACUCUAGAAAAUGUUUUAGUUUGAACUAAGUGACAUGAAGAGUAUAGAUGAUUUCGAUAAACUCUUCUGCCAAAUAGCUGAUUUACUUCUUAAUCAAUACGUGCUAACCAUUAAUAAAAUCUACAAGUACAGAAUAUCAGAAAUAGAAUUCUACUUUAAUGAAAAUAAUGUUCAUUAAGAUACCUUUACUCAUGGAGAUGAUCUCUAGAAAUAAAUGGGUUAAUGGUAUUUUCACAGAUUUGGCAAAACAUACAAGGUCGGUACUUAUAAGGGGAUGGAUUUGAGUUUUGGGAAGGGACCAAAUGCUUUUGGCGGUAUACUGAUAAGAGCGAUUUCAUCGUUAGGGGCUGAAGGAGGAAAGUAAUUACCUCCAAAUGAAUUUAUUGAAGGACCUUGUAACUCUGUUAAUAGAAUACUUGAGCAUAACAGCACAGAAAAAUUGGUGUUAAAGGAGAUAAAGGACUUUGUUGUCCUAGAUAAUUUUAAGCUUGAUGCUUUUGAGAAGGGCUCAAGACUUUAUCUAAGCCAUUUAAAUGACUCUGAGAAUGAAGUGUACAGAAAGAAUUUUGAACCACUUAAGGUAUGGAGAUGCCCUAGAGUUGGAUUGACUUUAAAGAGAUUUGAUGAGCACAAAUGCAAAUUUUGGAUGGCUGAUUAUAGAUUUUUGAUAUUCCCAGAAAAGCACAAAAAAAUGAACAACUUUAUCAUAAUGAGCAUGCUUAAAGAGAAAAUGAGUAUUCCAAAUAUCGCAAAGUCAAGUAAGUCUAAGGCUCAAACUGUAGAAGAAAUAUUUAAAAAUUAUCAAAAAGGUUUAGAUGAGGAUAAAAAGAAGAUCUCUGACUUUAAAGACGUUGAUAUGAAGAAUGAAUAGUUUGCUUUUGUAUAUGGAUUACAUCAAAAAGCAUCAAUUGGAUCUAAGAACGACCAAUGA